AGGCAUGAAAGAACCAUGAGGAUUGUUUGUUAUUGAGUCAUGUCUGCAGAACCCCCCUCACCCAUGACACCUGAUGUUGACAUUGACGGACCAAAUGUGCUACCAGACAAUGCAUCCCACACACCAACGCUCCACGAUGAAGAGGGUGCUUCUCAGAAACCCUAUGACACCGGUGACGGCAAGUUGCAUACGACAACGAGCAACGAGAAAGACAUUUUAAUUGUUGACUGGGACGGCCCAAAUGACCCCACCAAUCCUAAAAAUUGGAGCCACAGAGGAAAAUGGGGUGCUAGCGUCAUCGUGUCGCUCUUCACAUUUAUCAGUCCAGUUUCUUCCUCUAUCAUCGCGCCCGCCGCUUUCCAGGUGGCUGAUGAAUUUGGGGUGAAAAGCGACAUCUUAAUAUCAAUCAUGACAUCCGUCUUCGUCCUGGGAUAUGCGUUCGGGCCUUUCCUUCUGGGUCCACUGAGUGAAAUAUACGGGCGAUCGCGCGUGUUACAAUUGGCAAAUGCGUGGUAUCUUGGAUGGAAUCUUGCCUGUGGAUUCGCAAAGUCUGAAGCUCAGUUCAUUGCCUUCCGAUUCCUCGCUGGCCUCGGAGGCAGCGCGCCCAUGGCGGUCGGUGGUGGCGUUCUCGGUGAUAUCUGGCGACCGGAGGAGAGAGGAAAAGCCAUCGCUGUUUUUUCCUUGGCUCCGUUAUUGGGACCUGUUGUAGGACCUGUCACUGGCGCCUGGAUUGCUGAACGUUCAACUUGGAAAUGGGUGUUUUAUGCUACUUCCAUUGCGGAUGCAAUUGUUCAACUUUUGGGAAUGUUUUUUCUUAAAGAGACUUAUGCCCCUGUCCUAUUGGAAUGGAAGGCAGUCGAGCUUCGCAAAACGAUGGAUACCGAGAAGGGGCCGUACAGAGAAGUCCGCACCGUUUUCGAUGGUGAUGCCCGCAACUGGAAGACCAUCAUGUCCAAUGCGCUCAAACGCCCUUUCCAACUCUUUUUCAAUGAGCCGAUCGUAGUGCUCCUCAGUAUUUACAUGGCGUAUCUAUACGGAAUCCUUUACCGUAAGGUAUUUACGGGAGAAUCGGUCGGAAUCGCCGGCCUUCAUUACAUUGCACUUGGCGUAGGGUUGAUGUUGGCGUCCCAAGUCAAUGCGAAGUCGAUGGACAAGAUUUACGUUUAUUUCAAGAAUAAGAAUGGUGGAGUUGGAAAACCAGAAUUCAGAUUGCCCGCUAUGUUCCCGGGAUCUCUCCUACUUCCAAUGGGGAUGUUGAUAGGAGGUUGGUGUGUUGAAAAGCGUACAUUAUGGAUAGGUCCCGAUGUUGGCAGCGUGCUUGUCGGAGCAGGCAUUGUUCUGAAUUUCCAGUGCAUUCCAAACUUACAUCCGCUCGCUGCUGCCAACUGUCUGAGGUCACUCGCAGGCUUUGGAUUCCCCUUGUUUGCUCCAUCGAUACCCUGGAUAUUCUGGCGCUACGGGGAGCGGAUAAGGAACAACAGUCGAUACGCGUUCCGAACACUCUAAGCCUCGUGUGGAAUGAUGAACGAGGGACAAUGUAACAACACCCUUUGCAGCUCACGUUAUUCAUGUUUUUGGCAUUCGUUCUCAUAACUGUCCUUCUCUGUCUAUGCCACUUUCAUUCGAUAUUUACACUGGCUUUCAUCACGCAUAACAAUACAAAUAGAUUAUUAAUUAGCCAGUUCUCUAUUGCCUGAAGUUGUGAAUCUUCUAGUCCCUCGGCAUUUCUUGACAUCACCCAUCCAGGAUCUCGUCUUUCUCGGCACUUGAACGACUGCUGGUCUCUGAGCCCUCCCGUCCGCCUUCUCACCGUCUGAAUUAUAUGUCUCCUGUCUUUCCCACCGUCCCUAGCUCGCUCACGUUUGCAGAGCACGGGAAUUGAGCUGCGAAUGGUGUUUACGGGUCUUGGCAGUUUUGUGCAUGGUCUUGAAGUCAACGUGAUCGCGUCGUCUAUUUUUCCUAAUUAUUUUCUCAUAUUUUCUCAUUUUACGCACCGUGAAGC